GUACACACUCCAACGUCUCUCCCCGCGGCCGGGGGAGAGCACAUCCGGGUCGCUGGAGCAGGUGCCGCAGGCCCCGCCUCUUUCCCCCGUCUCUUGUCCCCGCUUCCGGCUAUCUCAAGUCUUUUCCGCUUGUUUUCUGCCGUCUUUAUCUCCGCUCCCCAGCUCGUUUUGGCGUCUAGGCCCUGGUCCCUACCCCGUGAGCAGCGACUCACUGCGCAUCUCGAAUCUCUCAGGGCUCGGAGCAACUCUGCGGUGCGUCUUCGCGGUGCCGUUUGGGGUGAGGCCUGCCGCGCGCCGUGAGUUCGUGCAGACCUGACCCCGCGUCCCCCCGCAGCUCGGUUGAGGCCGCCGCCGCCGCUUCGGGAUGCCCCGGCUGGGGUCCGCGCAGCGCUGGGCUGCCGCCGCGGGCCGUUGGGGCUGUAGGCUGCUCGCGUUGCUGCUGUUGCUGGUGCCGGGGCCCUGCGGCGCCUCUGAGAUCACGUUCGAGCUGCCCGACAAUGCCAAGCAGUGUUUCUACGAGGACAUCACGCAGGGCACCAAGUGCACACUCGAGUUCCAGGUGAUUACUGGUGGUCACUAUGAUGUAGAUUGUCGAUUAGAAGAUCCUGAUGGUAAUGUGUUAUACAAAGAGAUGAAGAAACAGUAUGAUAGUUUUACCUUCACAGCCUCCAAAAAUGGGACAUACAAAUUUUGCUUCAGCAAUGAAUUUUCUACUUUCACACAUAAAACCGUGUAUUUUGAUUUUCAAGUUGGAGAAGACCCACCUUUGUUUCCUAGUGAGAACCGAGUCAGUGCUCUUACCCAGAUGGAAUCUGCCUGUGUUUCAAUUCACGAAGCUCUGAAAUCUGUCAUUGACUAUCAGACUCAUUUCCGUUUGAGAGAGGCUCAAGGCCGAAGCCGAGCUGAGGAUCUAAAUACAAGAGUGGCCUAUUGGUCAGUAGGAGAAGCCCUCAUUCUUCUGGUGGUGAGCAUAGGGCAGGUAUUUCUUCUGAAAAGCUUUUUCUCGGAUAAAAGAACCACGACAACUCGUGUUGGAUCGUAACUACGUUUUGAGAAUUGAUCCACCAUUGCCGCUGUAAUAUUGCUGUCCUCUAAUUAAUUUUAGGUACCGAAGAACUUAAUAUUGGCAACAUUUUUAGAAUCUUACUCAUACGCUUGUUGUGGAGGGAUGUACGAUGCAUAUCCCCAAGCUGUGGAAAGGACACCUUUUUUUAUUUGUAAAGGUAGAAAAACUUUGGGACUAUUUUGGGCUAUUCAUAAAUAUUCAACACAAUGAUCUACUCUUUUCUUGGUUGUUUCUAUCUGCUCUUCGCACACUAAAGUAUUUUGAUUUGGUAUUUUGGUUCCUUUUAGCCAUUUAAAAAUACUUUUCUUGUAAGUAGUGGAGAUUUUUAAAACCUUCAAUUUAAUGUCUACAUGGGUUGUGGAGGAAGAAAAUUACCUUUCAGUUGUUUAUAGGAAAUAAAGUUUUGUUUUUAAGAAAACCAAAUGUGAUUAGCUGCAGCCCAAGCCCUAUUCUGCACUGUUUAAUUUUAUGAGGAAAAAAAUCUACCAUAGAAAUGUUAGUUAGUUAAUAUUGAUAUAAUUUUAAAUUGAUACAUCAUGGUUUAAUUUAUUUCUCAGUAGCUUGGAAAAUGUCAUUUUUAUUGUUUGGGUUUAUUCUAUGAUCUAUAACCAGAUAUGUUAUUUUUUUUCAUAAAGACAUUUUUACCACACAGGAAAUAGUAUGUUUCAAUAACAUAAUAGAGUUUACACAGGCCUUAAAUGUCAGACUGUUGUAACAGGUAGAAUAAUUACAGAACAAUUUAAGACACUACAAUGGGGGGCAAAUGAAAUGAGAAGACUUUUAGGUGAGUUAUCUGCACAUAUUACAUUUUCAGUGCUUUUACAAAGAAAAAAGGUGAUCUGUUUCAUUUUAAACAUUUGAAUCGGCUAGUUCUUACUCAUAUGUGGCUUUAAUGUCUGAGUCACUCCCAGCUUAAAUUGAGAGUUGUAAUAUAGUAUUAUAAAAGUGCCAUACAUUUUAUCCUAGUGGGUGUGAUGCACUGAGAAGUUAGUUACUUUGGUUUUUUUCUUUCUUUCUUUCUUUUUUUGUUUUUUUGUCUUGCACAUGUAAUUUGUACAAUCUCUGGUUAGCAGCCCUAAGAUGAUUUAAAAAUUUAGAAUGCCGUGUGUGUGUGUUUCUUAUUUGAUAAUCCGAGCAUUAGUGCAUUUUCUGUAGACUAUAGGGUUUAGACUGUGUUUGUGUUUUAUAACUUGCAUAGAUUGAGCUGAUUGAAAUGAGUCCAAGUAUUCUAGAAUAGAAUACAAGAUGAUGCAAAAUUGUAUGUGUUUAAAGCUUUUAUGCUGUUAAGAAAAAAAAAAAUUGCAACUGCUUUUUGCCAUGCUUCUAUCCCCCACCUAAAAGUGAUGAGUGCUGAACGUGACUGUCAUAUUGUUAGGACUUUGAUACGUGGUACCACAGAAUACUGAUUGGAUAGCAAUUCUAGUCACUUACCACUACUGACUAGAAGUUAACUCUUAAUUCUAAGCUGUCUUAAGAUGCAUACACACUGCUGCAUGUAAGAGCAAAAUGAAUUCAGGUUGUCCUGCUUGCUGAUUUCAAGUGCUACAGUGUAGCAAGGGAUGAGCGUAUUUUCAGACUUUUAGUUCUAAAAUUUUUGAAGACCAAAUAGCUACUCCUUCAACAAUAUUUACCAGUGGAUUAAGAACUGAAGUUUAAGAUUCUGCAGAUUUAUCUAUUGGGGUUCUUGUAUUGGAGUUGUCCUGUAGCUUUUUAAGUGUCCCUCUAGAUUUGCAAAUUUUAAACACUAAUGUUAAAGUGGUAAACAUGGGAGUAUGUUAAAUGUCCUUUUCUGGUUGCCUGUCUGCUCUGUUGUAUUCAGAUAGUUACACCAUAAUUCAGCAGAGCUGGGUAUCAUCAGUGUGCCGAGUUUGGCAUAGAUAAUGCAGUUAUUUAAUCUGUGUCUAUCAAAACUUCAUGAUAUUUAAAGACUAUUACCACAGAUAAACUUGCGGUGAAACUAUUGAGAUAUAUUAAAAUUUUUUAAAUCACCACUGUUACCUGUUGUAGAAAAUAGUACUGACUUAGUCUAGUCUGUUUGUAACUGGUUAAAGUUUGAUGGCUUGCCUAUACUCAACUAGAUAUGUAUAUAAAAAUUAGAAAAUACAUAUCUACCUAGACAUGAAUAUUAAGUAAGAACUUUUUUCUUCCUUCCCCUAUAUAAUUUGUAGCUCAUCAUUUUUCUUUAAUCCUUUCAUAACUUGUUGCAACAGUUUGAAUUUCCCAAAUAUUUACGUUUGGACUUACGGCUCAGAAUACAUAUUUAAACAUCAUUAGCUGUAUAUAUUUUUAAAGUAGAAUAAAUAAUGGAAAGGGACUUGAUAUACAAGUUUAUACUAAAAUUCCAACUGUGUGAAGAUACAUUUUAAGAUAUUACUUUGCUAAUAAUCUAAAUAUUCAUUUUUUAUUAAAGAAACAAAUGGUUUGGGGUUCACAGCUUUCAUCCUGGCUUGAUGAUAAUCAUCUUUAAAAACACAGUGGACUGAAAAGCAAUUUUAUUCUUUGAAAGAUUUCAUUUAAAUCUCUGUACUAUCCAUUUUUGCUUCAGUUUGUAAAUGUAUAACAUUUAUGGUUAAAUAGGACAAAGCAGACCCUAUGACUAUUGUUUUCAAGAAUUAAACAAAUUGAUAUAUAAAUUAUUCAAAGGGAGUUUUCAUUUACUUUUGAAAAGAAAAAUUUCUCUAAAUUAAAAAUGUUGGUUCUUCAGGAUUGCACCAAUCAAUUCUUGUAGAAUAAAAAAAUCUUUCAACAAACUGACUUCACUUAUUUCUGUCAAGAUUUAAACCUUUUUGAAGCUCCUUAUCAACUUGCAGCUUGGAGUACAGUUUUGUAGCAAGAAAGUGAUAAUUUAUUUGAUAUUUCAUUGGAACAUCUCAGGGACUGACCAAGAAAGAAAGUUAAAGAAGAGAAAUACAACCUGUAAACACCUCACUUUUAACCUUACUUUUCCUUUUCUUACUGAAAGUUUCGGUGAAAGGAAGUUAAGCCUUCAAUUCCCUUAAAAGCUCUUAGUUUUUAGGUAAAUUAACCUUUGGUUGUAUAAUGCCAAGUUUUCUCAACUUUGUUCCCCCUUUAUAAUGUUAUGGGGGACGUUCUGGUUCCUAGGCACAAGUACAAAAGUAGCAGAGAAAUAACAAUAAUAUAUUGGGCUGGCUAAAAAGUUCGUUUGGUUUUAAGUAAAAAGACACUUUUCAUUUUCACCAGGAACUAAAUUGAACAACGUAUUCAUUAACCAAACGAAAUUUUUGGCCAGCCCAAUGGGUUAACAUUUAUUGAAUGCUUUGCUUGUGCCAGCUGCUGUGAUAAGUCUUUUGCUUGUAUUGACACGUUUCAUCUUUGCAAUAAUCCUAUGAAGUAAGGAUAUUAUUCCCAUUUUACAGAUGAGGAAAGGGAGGCCUAGAGAGGUUAAGAAACCUGCCUAUAUCACAGUUAGUAAUUAGCAAAAUCUGGAAUAUGAACCAUGGCAGUCUGGCUCCAGACCCCUCUUUCUCAACCACUAUGCAGUAAUUACCUACAAACACCACUUAAGGAUAGAUCUCCAAAGACUUAGCAAUCUUGAUUUCAGUAUACCUCAGUAGCAGUUCAGGGGCUUCCCUGGUGGCACAGUGGUUAAGAAUACGCCUCCCACAUGCCACAGAGCAGCUAAGCCCGUGAGCCACAACUACUGAGCUCAGGCGCCUAGAGCGCGUGCUCCGCAACAAGACACCGCGAUGAGAAGCCCGCACACUGCAAUGAAGACCUAUCACAGCCAAAAAUAAAGAAAGAAAGAAAUUUUUUAAAUUAAAAAAAUAGCAGUUCAGUGCUUUGGUUUUGGAGUCAUAGUCAAGUUCAGAUCAUGGUCGUGUGACCUCAUGCAAAUGAUUUUGUUAACUUGGCAUUUCUGUUUCUUCAUUUAUUACUAAGGUAAUAUCUACUAUAAUGAGAUGUUCAUAAAACACUUAGGGUCAGUGCCUAUCAUAUACAAGCCCUUAAUAAAUAAUAGCUAUAUUUUUGUCAUUGGUCCAAUUUAAUCACUUGAUCUUUCUUUAGUUCUUAAAGUUCUUACUGUAGCCUCAACUCAUAUGGGCUCUUAAAUAGUAUGUAACAAAUAUGCAAGUCUAUCAUGUACAUAAUAGUCUGCUAGAAGUUUCAAAAAUGAGUAAGAUAAUCUGACCUCCAGGAACAUAAUUGUCGGGGGAGACAGGAUAGCUAUGUAAGAAACUAAUGUUAAGCAAGUCAUGAAGCAGAAUGGACUUGAAGGUUCUAAGACCUUUAUAGGAUGCUAGAGGAGGAAGAAAACAUAUAGAUCAAAAGACUUGUUCCCCAAGGAAUUUCACUUUGUCCUCUCCAGGUGUGGGGAGUGGUGCAUAGUUGUCUAGCUAGGCCAGCAAUUGAGUGAAUUAAUCUCUAAUUCAGGGGUGUGGACUCCUCGGUACAGAUCAAAAAAACAUUUUCUUUAACUUUGUUACUAGUAAAGGUGAUGUUUGAUCUCCUGAAUAACUUCUCCAUCUCAGUUGUUUCCAAAUUCUGGAGGAAAAUGUAGGGAUGUUGUCCCUAAACCACCAAAUGUGCUAUUUUUGUCUGCAUUUCUCCAUUUUACCCAUAAGAUAGCAUCAUUAGAAUGAUUACAUUCCUUGCUGAAAUCAACAUAUAUUAGGCCUGGCAUAAUCUGUUUUUAGUGCUGGUAAUUACUAGUGACUGCUACUACCUUACAAAGAGAAGACAACGCAAGAAUUUGAGAAAUAAUGGUUCGAAGAGUAAAAUCUGCCAAUAAUCCACCAUCUGCUUUGAUGUAUUUCCGUUUUUCCAUAGAUAAAUGUAUAUAUUUUUAAAGAAUUGGUAUUGUUUAUAACAAAUUUUUAAACUUUUAAAAAUUGUGAAAUUUGUGAUAAUACAGAAGAGGGUAUUAAACAUGUACAAUUUAAAGAGAAAUAAAAUUAUAAAGCACAUACUCAUAAUAACCAAUGCUCAGGUUAAGAAAUGCAAUAUUGUCAGCACCAUAAAAGGCUCUAUGUAUCCUUUCCUGAUCACAUCCCUGAAUUUCUUCCCUAGAGAUAACCAAUGUUCUGCUUGUAAAGAAAAUAAUUUUUCUUUUUCUUUUUACCAGUUAUGUAUACUAGUUCUUCUCAAACUACUUUAAAAAAAAUUUCCAAGUAAUCACAAACUCAUAAUUUUGUAAAUACAAAAUCAUGUGCUUGAAUGUUUUGGUAAUAUCAAAUUGCUACCAGCCUUUCCAAAUGCUUACUUUCUAUGCAUGCUUACUCUGACUUCAUGUGCUUCUCUCUUCAUCAGCCACUGACAGUUCAGUAUGGUCAUUGGACCAUACUUUGAAUAGUACUGAUGUUUACGUUCCUGAAAGAUGUCUAAAAAAAUCAAGCAAAAGUAAACCUUAAUAAAUAAAGUUUAAUGGAAUAUUCUAUUUAAUGAAUUAGGUAGUACACAUAUUCUUUUGUGACUUUGUUUUGCUGUCAUCCAUGUUGAUGCAUAUGGCUGUAGUUUUCAUUACUGCAUAGUAGUCCAUCAUAUAAAUAUUCCAAAGUUAUGUGUCUUUUCUACUAUGAUGGCAUUUGGAUUGUUCCAGGUUUUUUGCUGUUAUAAACAAAGCCACUAUGAACAUUUUUGUAUAUUAUGUCCUGUUGCACAUAUGUAUCAUCCCUUGAGAGUACAUCUAGGACUGGAAUUGUUUGCUGAUAGAGUACGUAUAUCUUCAUCUUUACUAGGUGACAUCUAACUUUUCUAAAGCAAUUGUAUCAAUCAGUGCUUUCACCAGUAACAAUGGAAAAUUCCAAAUUCGUGUUGUCAGACUUUAAAACUUCAGAAAAUCUCCGGGGUUUGUGAUGUCGUAAAAGCAACACUUAAGAAUUUGAGAAAUAAUGGUUCACAGAAUAAAAUCCACCCAUAAUUCCAUUAUGCA